UGGCACUGCUGAUCUGGCACGGUGACGUGGCGCUGCUGACGUGGCACUGUACCGAACCGGGAUGCAUGCAAGGGGUGGAUGGGAGGGAAAACGGAGGUCGACAGCAAGGAGCACGGCUAUGGCGCCCAGGUGGUUGUGGUUCUGGUUGUUGUUGUGGUUGUUGUUGUUGUUGUUGUUGUUGUGGUUGUUGUUGUUGUUGUUGUUGUUGUUGUUGUUGUUGUUGUUGUUGUGCAGGUCGAAAGCGUGGAGCACGGCAAUGGCGCCCAGGUCGACAGCGUGGAGCACGGCUAUGGCGUCCAGGUGGUUGUUGUUGUUGUUGUUGUUGUUGUUGUUGUUGUUGUUGUUGUGCAGGUCGACAGCGUGGAGCAUGGCUAUGGCGCCCAGGUCGACAGCGUGGAGCACGGCUAUGGCACCCAGGUGGUUGUGGUUCUGGUUGUUGUUGUGGUUGUUGCUGUUGUUGUUGUUGUUGUUGUUGUUGUUGUUGUUGUGCAGGUCGACAGCGUGGAGCACGGCUAUGGCGCCCAGCUAAGUAACGCUGACGCAGGUCGCCAGUGUGGAGCACGGCUAUGGCGCCCAGUUAAGUCGCCAGUCGCCAGUGUGGAGCACGGCUAUGGCGCCCAGUUAUUACCGCUGACGCAGGUCGACAGCGUGGAGCACGGCAAUGGCGCCCAGGUCGACAGCGUUGAGCACGGCUAUGGCGCCCAGGUGGUUGUGGUUCUAGUUGUUGUUGUGGUUGUUGCUGUUGUUGUUGUUGUUGUUGUUGUUGUUGUUGUUGUUAUUGUUGUUGUUGUUGUUGUUGUUGUUGUUGUUGUUGUUGUUGUUGUGCAGGUUGACAGCGUGGAGCACGGCUAUGGCGCCCAGGGAGCCAGUGUGGAGCACGGCUAUGGCGCCCAGUUAAGUACCGCUGACGCAGGACCUGCAGCAGGUGCAGAUUCCACUGUUGUUGUAACAAGCAACGAGGUUGGAACUUCUGCAAUUGCUGCAGCCCCAAGAACGGAACCAGCCGCUGCUGGUCCCAGCCACGCCAGUCCCUAUGUGGACCGGAACGCGGUUCAAAUACCGUCCAAGUACGAUGGCAAGGAAGACAUAGAGUCCUGGAUCGGCUCCAUGAGGGCCUACUUUGAGAUCCUGGGGACUCAAGCUGAGACCCAGGCGGUUAUCAUGGGUAUGAAUGUCGAGCCUGUCGUACGGGGCUUCCUAGAAGUCCAAGCAACGCGGGCUGGGUUUCCAAAGGCUGCAUUGGCCAAAUGGCUAAGGGCCACCCCGGUUGCCUCCCUCGAAGAACUCCUUACCUCAGAAUACCAAGAUCCACAUGUUGCUGCUAAAGCAAGAAUUCAACUGGAUAAAGUGAAGCACAGCAAGUGGAAUGGUUCCAUGAAAAGCCUGCAGACCUAUCUAAGCAAGCUGUUUGUCACUCCUGGUCUGGAAUUGUCCCCGCAAUCUUGCUUGGAUGUGGUCAAGGGCGCGGUUCCAACUAACUUCACUAGUCGCCUGGGCACAGGCUACAUUGCAUACACUGACUGGCUCGCCUUAAUGGAGGACGUAGUCGGUCUGGAGGCCAUGGACCUCGUUAGCACGGCAGGCAGCAAGAAGCCCAUGGGCGGCAGACAGUACAAGGGCAGCAACCGUUUUGCUGUGCAUGACCUGCUGGAGGCCGAAGGAGAAGCCGAUGCGGUUAACCCCACUCUUGGUGACGACCAAGAACAGGACUCCGAUACAGCUUAUUCGGUCGUCUCUAUACGCGACUUGCGACCGGACUUUGGUGAUCCCUUUGCUGAUUCCCCGCCCCCACCUGUCCCAUCAGACAUUCAAGCCCUCCUCGAUCGGUUUCCGGAAGUCUUGGACGAGCCACUUGGAGUCCCCAUGCGACCGGUUCGACACACCAUCGAGUUGACCGAGGGUGCUGUUCCUCCAAAGGGCUGCGUGUACCGUAUGGGACCUGACGAGUUGGAGGAACUCCGGCGGCAGAUCGAUGAGAUGAUUGACAAGGGGUGGAUCAAACCAAGUGAAUCUGCAUUUGGUGCUCCUGUGUUGUUUGUGCCAAAGAAAGGAGGCAAACUCCGCAUGUGUAUUGACUAUCGUGGUCUAAACCGCAUCACAAGAAAGAAUGCUUACCCAUUGCCUCGUAUAGAUGACUUGCUUGAUGCUGCAGGCGGGUGCAAGGUCUUCUCCAAGAUCGAUCUCAAGUCUGGCUACCACCAAAUUGAAGUCGAUCCUGCGGACCAGCACAAGACUGCGUUCAAAACGCGCGAUGGGCUUUAUGAGUUUACCGUAAUGCCCUUCGGUCUUACGAACGCACCAGCCACGUUCCAAAGCCUCAUGGACAAGGUCCUCCGCGAACAGAUUGGCCGGUUCGUGGUAGUGUACCUGGACGAUAUCCUGAUUUUCAGCAAGUCCAUGGAGGAACACCACAAGCAUCUUGAGGAGGUACUUGUUGUCCUCAAGAAGACGCAACUCCAUCUCAACUUGGAUAAAUCCG